AUGUCUUUCAAAGUUCUCAUCGCACUCAUCGCCAUUGUCGUUUUUGCUGAGGCGCAACUCGCUCAGCAAUUGGCAAAAUCCGGAGAGAAGGUCGAGAUUGACAUCGCGAAAGGAGCUAAAGCUCUUGCCAGAACUAAUCACGCUGGCGUCACUCAGGUCAUGAAUUUCAGUGGGCCAAACGCUGGAGUCUUUGUUGAUGAGAAGGGAAAGAAGGUCGACUCUUCCAAUUACGAGCUCAAGAAGGACGUUUUGAUAAUCAAGAAGGUCACCGCUGCCGACGGCGGAUCUUAUCGCAAGGAGCCAAACCCACCCGUCGGCCACUUCCCAGGACCAGUUCUCGAGCUUACAAUUCAAUAG